CUCACUAUGGCGUUCAUACCCCUUACACCACCACCUCAAUGCGAGAAUGAGAGCGAGACGCCGUACAAGGGCACACCUGUAUGGAAUGUCAAGGCUACCAUCGCUAAGUACCGAGUGGCUCUGGCUGCUGUUCUGCUUGCGCUCAUCGUAAUUAUUGCGUUGGCAGCCUGCGGUGUCUUCUCGUCCUCGUACGGUUCCUCCUCCUCCUCCUCCUCCGCCACAGGUAACGUGACCAUCUACCACGCAGGAUCAUUGGUUGGUCUCAUGGACGACAAGCUAGCUCCGGCUUUCACCGACGCCACGGGUAUAGCGACGUCGCUGGUGGCCAAAGGUUCUGUCAAACUGGCCAAUCUCAUCAUCAAUGGUAGCCAAUCUGACGUCUUCAUCAGCGCCGACGCUUCCCUCAACUCGGAGCUUCUCAUGGGCGCAGCCAACAACAACUUGAUCUCCUGGUACAUCAACUUGGGAGAGACGUCCAUCGGCAUCGGGUACUACCCGCAAUCUCCCUACACUGACGUGUUCGCAGCCAUCCAAAAUGGCUCGAUGCUCUGGUACGAGGCUCUACUACAGAAUCCCGACAUAAAACUCGGACGUACGGACCCUGAUGCCGACCCCAAAGGCUACCGCACCGUCAUGAUGUUCGAACUGGCCGAGGAGUAUUAUAACACCACUGGAUUGGUAUCGGGUAUCUUGGGCAAUGCGACCAACCGCGACCAGAUCUACUCCGAGGAAAAUCUAGAGAUUUAUCUGUCGUCCGGAGACCUGGAUGUUGGUUUCUUCUAUGCCGUCGAGGCAGGCAGCUUGAGUGGCAUCGACUUCAUCACGCUGCCCGAGGAGAUCAAUAUGGGCAAUCCAGCCCUCAACGACGAGUAUGAGACCAUGUCGUACACCAACUCCCAGACUGGGAUGGUCUACAACGGAUCAGCGUCGAUCUACACCGUAACUAUCCUCAACAACGCAACACACAUGUCGGAGGCGGAAGAGUUCGUGGCCUACUUGCUGUCGUCGGACGGACAGGCGAUUAUGACUGAGCAAGGGAUGGAGGCAGCUACUCUCACAGCCUACGGCGACACUUCCGCUAUCCCCUCGGCUAUUGCGAUGUACCUGUCGUGAAGGAUAGUGUCUGGUCAGAUCAAUCCUGUCGCUGCAGACUUGCGUUGAAGAAUGAAAUGGAAGGCGCGAGAGAAUGAAUGAAUCUUCAAUUGUCUUCAAGUGACGAUCUGAUGUCAGAGCUGCAAUGCCUUCGACCAAGUUUGUGUGGCUGCUCCGUUUAGCUAUAAAUACUCGGAUUACUGAACUGCUAUCCA